UCAUCAGUUCGAGAGUGUAGAAAUACCGACGUCCUUCCCCCCACCGCAUUUUUUUAAGUUGUAGCAGAAGUGCGGAUGUGAGUUGCUUAUUGAUACGGAACAGGCCGCCAGGUUUUCACUUUAUGAACAAUGUGUGCUUAGGCAAUGGUGAUUUUGAGGAGCGAUGAAUCCAGAGGAGCAGACUGUAACGUGGUUGAUCUCGCUCGGAGUUCUCAGUUCGCCUAAGAAGAACAUAGCGGAUCCGGAGGAGUUUUUGAAAACAUCGCUUAAGGAUGGGGUCGUUCUGUGCAAACUCACGGAGCGGCUCAUACCUGGAUUCACACCCAAGUAUUGUCAGGAUCCGAAGACGGAAAUCGAAUGUAUUUCCAACAUCAAGGAGUUCCUUAAAGGAUGCUCGUCAUUGAAAGUGGAGGGUUUUGAACCAGAGUGGUUAUACACUGGUGAGAAUUUCAGCAAAGUACUGACCACUUUGCUGGCUGUCAACUUUGCCACACAGGACUGCGCUGCUGAGAGGUCAUGUUCACAGUCCAGUGCCUCCUCUCCUAGUCAGUCCACAAUCUCACACACGCUCUCUUCAGCCAAAUCCAAGGGCUCUCUGCGGAGACAAUCCAAGUCGGGGGACAUGUCUGAGAACGGCGGUGUGCAGCUAAUGGUGAAGGCCCGCUUUAACUUCAAGCAGAACAACGAGGAUGAGCUGUCAUUCGCCAAAGGUGAUGUGAUCCAGGUGACGCGGCAGGAGGAGGGAGGAUGGUGGGAGGGCACGCUCAACGGCAAGACUGGCUGGUUUCCCAGUAACUACGUCCGUGAGGUGAAACCUUUUGAGAAGCCUGUGUCUCCUAAAGGAACUCCGCUGACCAAGAAUUACUAUAGUGUUGUUGUCCAAGACUUUGUGGAACAUGAACGAGAGUUUGUUAAGGAAUUACAAACCUUGAUGACAUGUUACCUCCGACCGCUGCAAUCUAGCGACAAGCUGAGCAACGCAGACAGCACCACCUUGUGUGGAAACCUCGAGGAAAUCCUCACCUUCCAGCAGGGACUCUGUGUAAAUUUAGAAGACUGCACCAAAGUUCCAGAAGGGCAGCAACGAGUGGCAGGCUGCUACUUAAACCUGAUGAGCCAGAUCAAGACUCUGUACCUGGCUUAUUGUUCCAGCCACCCGUCAGCUGUCAGCAUCCUCACUGACCACAGUGAGGAACUAGACAAGUUCAUGGAAAGUCAGGGAGCAAGUGUGCCAGGGAUCCUGACCCUGACCUCCAGUCUCAGCAAACCUUUCAUGAGACUCGAAAAGUACCCAACCCUGCUGCAGGAGUUGGAGCGACAUGUGGAGGAAGCUCACCCAGACUACACUGACAUCGUAAAGGCAACGGCAGUGUUUAGAAGCUUAGUGACCCAGUGCCAGGAACUGAGGAAACGCAAGAACCUGGAGCUCCAGAUCUUGUCAGAACCAGUGCGAGGCUGGGAGGGAGACAGCAUGAAGAGCCUGGGUCAUGUCGCGUACAUGUCCCAGGUCCAUGUGAGAAAUGGGUCCAGUGAGGAGAAGGAGGAACGCUAUCUGAUGCUUUUUCCUAACGUGCUGGUGAUGCUCUCCGCCAGCCCUCGCAUGAGUGGUUUUAUUUACCAGGGGCGACUGCCUUUGACGGGCACAACUGUAACGCGACACGCUGAGGAUGCAGACAGCUCUCACUUUGCCUUCGAGAUUACAGGUAGCAUGAUCGAUCGUAUCACAGUGCUGUGCAGUACUCCUCAUGACCUACAGGAGUGGCUGGAGCAUCUUCAGCCCUUCACCAAAGGAGGCAGCCCAGCAGGAACCAUUUCAAAGACUGCUGAGGGAAAGCCAUUGAGCAUGGUCAGUACCUCCACGCACCUGUCUCACCUUGGCAGCCUCAGUGCCGUGAGUCGGGGCCCCCUGGAGCCCCCGAAGAUCAACAAACCCUGGUCUCUCAGCUGCCUUCGCCCCGCGCCCCCCCUUAAACCCUCCGCUGCACUACGCUACAAAGAGAGGAUGUCUUAUAUCAUGAAGGACUCCAGCAAGAGCCCGCGACCCAUGAAGAAAUUUCUGCCAGGCAACAGGAAGAAGGAGCGAAAGCCGUCUGACGAUGAGGUUCAAAUCAGGAAAAGCACCGUGGCUCUGGAGGAGGACGCUCAGAUCCUGAGGGUGAUCGAGGCGUACUGCACAGGAGCCAGUCUUCACCAGACCACCACAGCUGUACGGGAAGAGUGGGUGGCUCAGGUGCUUCUGCCAGAGGAAGAGAAAAUCAUCGUGGAGGAGAUGAAGAGCAACGGGCAAACUGUCAUCGAGGAGAAGAGCCUGGUCGACGCAGUGUACGCUCUAAAGGACGAGGUUCACGAACUGAAAAAGGAAAACAAGUGGAUAAAACAGUUCCUGGAGGAGGAGCAAAAGUCUCGCAAAGAGCUGGAGAGGUUGGUCCGAAAACUGGCCAAACAGAAGAACGACUGUACCUGGGAGGACAGCAGCCACUGAACACACCCUCACCAGCGGCCUCACUGCGCUGUGCCUGAGCGUGUGUGUUUGACACGUUCGUCGUACGUAUGCAUCGCUGCAGCAGUGAGACAGAGAGGGGUUGUGUGUUUAGGAAUCCUAAAGAUGUGCAUAUUUGUCCGUGCUGUGCCUGCGUAUUUGAGGGGUAGGAAUGUCCUCUGACAGUGACACUUGGACUUGUCUCGGCUCUAGAUCCUGGAGAUUAUUUUGACAUUAAGAUAAAAUAUGUCUUCCUUUUCACAGAGAUGCCUCAGCAGCUUAUCUAAAGGUAGACUAGUAAAAUGGGAUGUUUCGACAAAAUCCUGUCUCUAGGACACUUACUGUGAACACUCCUUAGCGAACAGGGUUGGACGAGGCCAAGGCGAGGUUGUCUACUGCUUCCUUCUUCACUCGGUAGUCGAGUACAAAGCCAUUCAGUUCAACUUUUUGCAUGCACUUCUGUUAACACAGGUUUUCUUCUUCACGUGAACGAUUGUUUGUGACUUUUAUAUUUGACCCUGUUGAAAGUUAGGAACAUUUGUUUAUUAAGGAAUGUGUUCAAAGAAGAAGUGUGUGUGUGUGAGGUGAGGCUUGAUUAAUGUCAGCAGGAGAAAAAAAAGAAAAACACCAAGACCAAAAGUUGUUCUACUUUGAGGAACAGUGCCAGGGAGUUAGGGAGAAAAUGGAGCGACGUUUAGACCCUGCUUUUCUUCUCUGAACAUGCUCAAAAUAUCACGACAAGUGCAGUUCAACAUGACUCCUGUUUUUAAGAAGAUAAUCCUCUGGGUGUUGGGUAGCUCUUCAGCUAUUGAGAUAAAGAGAAAUACACCUUUUGUUGGUUUUAGUAAAAUCACUUGUUGGAUUCUGACACGACGCCCUUUUAAUAUUUACCUGAGAAAAAACCAUGGAUCCUGGACAAGAUGGCCGCACACAUUCCUGUGUUAGUACGUGCAGAAAAUUGUGUAGUGAAGUGAAAAAUCGGUUUUCUUGUCAGAGCCUGGAGAAAACAAAACUGACUGAAGCAGUGGUUUGUGGUCGGCGAUACAAACACCAUUUCCUACGGUUCUUUCAUAAUAAUUGGUCUAUUUUACACAUAAAUGUCUCAUGAGGGACGGCACUUGCAUUCAUAUUUUGAGCAUGUUUUGAUGGAAAAAGCACAGUUGAAAGGAUUUCUCCCACAGGUUUAGAAAUGGAACUUUUUGAACAUUCACCAGCUACCAGACUGACUUCAGGUUGAAUCACCAUUGGCGAUCUUUUUGCAAAAUGCAUGAAUGUACAGUUUGUUUGUUUGUUUGUUUUUUAAAUUCUCUAAAGGAAUAAAUAUAUUCACAUUUCUAGUCUAAUGCUAUCAGGGAUUUAGCUGCAAUAUUAAAUAAGAGAUCACAUCAUGUACAAAAUCACCCCAAUAACGACAUGUCUCAUCUGUAGUGGUCUUACUAAAAUAUAUUCAAGUAGAAUUUUGCCAUA